CCUGACCCCUGGCCCUCGAUCCAUCCCACCGUCGUCACGGUUACUCACUCGAGGACAAGCAGAGAAGUGAUGUAUAUCAAGGGUGGGAACUCCGUCUCCAUGGCGAGCGGUAAACAGGUCUGUUGGUGUGACUUACUCACAGGUGAAACAUUAGCCGGACGGAGAUAAAGACUCCACACACACACACACACACACACACACACACACACACACACACACACACACUGGUCAGGACAGAUGGAGGAUACACAGCGAACAUCCGAACCCGUCAACUUUGUGCAUCGAGAUGAAAUCUGGAAGGCACAUUUAAAAGUUGAGAAGGAAGCAGCCAAAGUCUGGCCCAACAAGUGGGGCUUCCUGACAGAGGUCUACAUGGAGUGCGAGAGGGAGAGUGUGAAGCUGAAGGAGGCGGUCAGAGCGAAGCAUCCCCAUCAUCACCUGGCAGCACGACCCCCGACCCCAGAAAAAAACAUCCAUCUUGGACCCCCUCCUCCAAUCCCUCAGACCUCUCAGGCCCUGAUUGGUUGGCGUACGGGGUACUCGCAUCUCCAGCUGGAAAAGUAUGCCCCGGUGCAUCAUGGGAGGCGUAGUUUUAUGGAGGAGCUGGGCUGGCCUUUCGGAUCUUGUAGCUGAGUGGAAUCCCACGUUCUGUGUCUUCUUGGCUAUUCGCUGACACAGAUGCAGCAUUAAAUAAACUAAUUAAAUCAAUCGUGAGAUUAUAUACUUUAUUAAAAAGCAUUCCAUUGUAUGGACGGUCUGGAAAUGUUUUGUCACAACUUGAUCUGAAACUGAAGCCAAAGUACUUUAAACUUGCAUUCUCUACAAUGGCCACCAGGGGGCAACGACUCUGACUGCAGUAUAGUUUUUAUUUGUACGUGUUUUUCUUAUGUACCAAAAGAAGACAACAAACUGGAUUUGGUUGCACAACCCUGUUGUACAGUGACGGUAAAUGAACGUUGUAAUAUUAUUAUAUUAAUAUGAAUCAAAUG